GGGAAGCGGCGGCGGCGUCGUUGAGCAGGGUGGUGGCGAACCUCAAAGCUAAAACCGACCCGGAGAGCGGGCAGAUCGUUUUGCCACCGUCCGCGGUUACAAGGACGUGGAUCGAGGCCGAGAAGGCAGUCACCGACGUCGUGGUCUCCGGCAAGGGCAAUGGUUAUGCCCCAAGCAUCGGAACUUCUGACGCCAAAAAGGCCGUUGCCGAUUAUCUAAACCGCGAUCUCGAAGGACAGAACUUCAAGCUGAAGCCGGAGGAUGUUUUCAUGGCGGCGGGAUGCAAACAGUCGAUUGAGAUUAUAAUAGAAGUCCUCGCCAAACCAAGGGCCAAUAUUCUUCUUCCUCGACCGGGUUUCCCUCGUUACGACGUCCGAGCACUCUACAGCCACAUCGAGGUCCGCUACUACGACGUUCUUCCCGACCAAAACUACGAGAUCGAUCUCGACCACGUUCGACGAAUCUCCGAUAAGAACACGUUCGCCAUCUGCAUCAUAAACCCCCAUAAUCCUUGUGGCAACGUCUACUCGGGAUUUCAUCUUAAGAAGCUCGCCGAGUUGGCUCGUAAGGUGGGGAUGAUGGUGAUAUCGGAUGAAGUGUACCGUUGGACUGUGUUUGGGGAGAGACCGUUCGUUCCAAUGGGGAAGUUUGCAUCGAUUGCUCCGGUGGUCACCCUCGGGUCCUUGUCCAAAGGAUGGGGAGUCCCGGGAUGGCGAAUGGGCUGGGUCGCAUUGAAUGACCCCGAGGGCCUAUUCAAAUCCACGAAAGUCCUUGAAGCUAUCAAGGAUAAUCUUGAGAUAAAUUCGAAACCCGCAACCAUCUUCCAGGCGGCUCUUUCGGAUAUCCUCGAGAAAACCCCGAGCGAAUUCUUCGCGAAGAAGAACGCGUACCUGAAAAGAAACGUCGACUAUGGAUUCGAAGAGCUCAAGAACAUACCCUGUCUCAGCUGCCCCAUGAAACCUGAAGCCUGCACUUUCUUAUGGGGGAAGCUCGACGUUUCGCAGUUGGAGGACAUCGAGGAUGACAAUGAGUUCUGCUCAAAGCUAGCCGCCGAGGAGAACCUCGUCCUCGUGCCUGGAACUGCGAUGGGGCUCGAGGGUUGGGUGAGGAUAACGGUCGAGUACUCGGACUUUUCUCUGGUGGAACAAACCUUUGACAGAUUGAACCGUUUCUUCCAAGGCCAUGCCAAAGGAUCGCUGGAAGAUCUGAAGCUGAACUAAUACCAAAUGAGUUCUGAAUUCCAGUUGUUUUAAUUCUCUCCAAAUAAAUAUGUGAACUCCACAACGUUUCCUCUUUUGUUUGAACUUGAUGGCUAUGUCUUCAUGUGUUUCCAUAGUAUCAGAAAUAAAGUUUAUUCGUAUU